CCAGAGAGUGAGGAGCUGGAGCUGCCAUAGUAACUAAGUAAGCCAGUUUUAUACAAGCCGUGGUGGUGUGCACUAGGACUAUUACCUCCACCUCCCCCCUCCCGCCUCACAUUGCUACUUGGUGAACUCUUCUCAGGUAAAAAAAAAAUAAUAUUAAUUCGACCACAAUGACUCCGCCGCUCAUAGUAGUGGUGCGGAUGCUGGUAGCUACCACAACUACGACCAUUUCGGCUGAGCUGGUAGAACUCUCCUACACCCUCGGAGUGGACGCCCCUACCUCCCCAAAGCUGAUGUCCUUCACUCACAAAAUUAUUAAAAAAGGAUUAAAUAAACUGAAUAUUUGGGUGGAACUGAACGACUUCUGCAGCUCAGAGCACUCAGGGACCCACGUCGAUGCCCCCAUCCACAAUAACCAACACGGCUGGUCCAUUGAGGAGAUCCCCACCAGCAGACUGUGGAGGGUGCCAGCUGUAGUGGUGGAUGUUUCGGGCCCGAUCAGCCAGUCGAAGAUCAAGAACUACGAGGUGAAGGUGGAUGACCUGACGCGGUGGGAGGAGAUUCACGGGGUCAUCCCAGACGGGGCACUGGUCCUCAUCCGCACUGGCUGGAGCAACAAGAUCAAGCAGAACAUUAGGGAGUAUGCGGGCCUUGACCAGCACAACAAGAUAAACUUCCCAGGGGUGGGCAAAGGCGCUGCUGAGUGGCUAGUUAAGCACGGCAGCCGCAAUGGGCACACGAAAGGCAUCGUGGGCGUGGGUAUUGAUACUCUCUCCCUGGACAAAGGUCAAUCAGUGCGCUAUCCAACCCAUGUCGCGCUCUUUAAGGAAAACAUCUACGGUGUUGAGAACCUGGCCAACCUGGACAAGCUGCCAGCGACGGGCUUCUAUGUGACGGUGAUGCCCUUGAGGAUUGGCAGAGGCAGCGGUUCCCCCGCCAGGAUAAUCGCUGAGGUGGGUGAGUUACCUCCAGGGACCUCUACAGCCUCCUCUCCGGUCUCCUCCAUUUUGAUUCUGCUACUGGUGGCAACUCUGACUCUGGAUUGGCUCUUAUAGGCCCCUGCUUCUAAUAUGAAUACUUUACCAGCAUCGCGAGAGCCAUCGGGAGCACCUGUUGGUUCACCAUCUGCCUUCAUUGCUUCCACCUCCUACAUUCUUCCGAUGGCGACGUUGACGACGAGCCCUCUCCCAGGAUCAAACUAUCAACACAUUAUGACAGUACAAGACAUCAACAGUGUAAUUCAGUGUAAUUGACGUAAUUCACAAUAUAAUUAUACUAAAACAAGGAAAGUGUAAUCUAUCAAAUAGUAUAUAUUUUUUUUUUUUUUUUUAAAGAUUUCAGA